AUGUGGGAGUAUUUGCAUGCAUUUGAUAGUUUUAAUUUUGUGUGUGUGGAGUUUCGGACAGUCCCACACGGAGCUCGGGGCGGGGCUGCAGGGCUUCUAUACUCCAGUCAGAUGCCACCGCGCAAGCGCAAAACCGAAGUCCGUAUAGCGAACUUGCGGAAGAAAAGGAAGAUAGGUGACGAUCAAUCGACAGGCCAGAACAGAAAUACGCGUGUGGAGCAUUCUUCACGAGCGAUGCAUGCGUCAAGCGCUAUUCAGGACGUUCCAGAAAGUGCCCAAUACCUGGUGAUAGAGCCCUGCACACCCCGACACCUAAGGAGCGCUUUAAACCACUGGUUUGGAGACGCAGAGGCAGGGGCAAAGACUCACCCCGCUGCAGUGUUCUUUGGAGAACCUUUGAGUUCUCCGGUUCACGAACUUCCCCCGGCACAAAGUACCGCCUAUGAAGACAUGUCUGGGGAUGCUAUACAUUGGGAACAUGCUGCGCAGGAAGUCCUUCAUUGGCCUGUCAGAGACAUUCCUGGCGUAGUGGGCACACAACUACCAGCUGCCCCAGUUUCAAAUACGGCGAGUUUUGCCCCGAUGCCAUGGAUGGUUGGUAAUUUACAAGAAAGAUCACAGGCGUCCGCAUGGGAACUCCCUCACACCUUAGAUUUGUCGCAUCUGACUGCCAGAUCUGGUACUUGA